GUGGAGGCUAUAAAGUGUUGCUGUGAUUGACAGAGACAGGCACCAACAACAGCUGAUACUAAUAAUGGAGAAAGCUACAUAUUGGGAUGCAGAUAGAGUACAAAGGUUAGGGCUAAAUAUGGCUGAAUAGAAAAGGAGCUCCAGCAACUAUACAUAGCAUGUAGUGCCAUUUAUACAGCAGGGAGCCCCUGACAUUUAGAGCGCAGUACUGUAUGUUCAUUUACUGAGAGCGAGAUUUUAGCACAUGUUUAAAAGUUUGUCCAUAUCAGCGGUUGAAUGUUAUACUAAUUCACAUUUGGGGCACUAUCUGCACUAACAUAAGGAAUCUUCAAUAACAAUAAUACAGCAACAAGGCAUGACAACUUUCCAACUGCAAUAUGACACUCCCUACAUGAGCGUACAGAAGGUGACAACUCGGCUUUUUCUGUUCUGAGGGGGUGGAGUGAGUGGGCCAUGUGAAAGGUGCAAGAGAACCAGAGCAGUUAUGCUGCUAGAGGAAUGAAAUAGACACGUCAAUAAAAGAACAAGAAAAUCAGGUACGAAAAGGACUCUAUUUCUCUUGGAUGCACGGCGUAAACGGAAGUUGUUGGUUGUAAGCACAUAGAGAGAGGAAGCGCUCCCAGAUCCCUGGACAGAGACAGAUGAGAAGACAGAUAGGGCGUGGAAAUCUCCUGAAGGUUAGAGGACACAGAAUGUAAGAUGAGAAACCUAGGAAGGUAGAACUCUUCAUACUUGGACUAAAUACAAAAAGAAACAUCUGUAAGUACAGAAGCAUAUGUAUGACAUAGGCUACAUGAUUAUUUGAAAUGUCAUAAAAGCAACUUCGAACAAUCUUCAUCAGAAACAUCUCAACUUGUGCGUGUCUGAAGGAUAAUACAAGAAGCACUUCUACAACCCUGACACGCUUUAGCAGUCACAAUUCUCACAGGAUUCUGAUAGAAAUUGGACUUAUUUCACUUGCGUUGUGACCUAUAUCACACUGGCAAAUGUUUUUUAACGCUCUCCUUGUGGUCAUUACUGACCUGGCAGCUGGACUACUUGGCAAUGCAUCUGUUCGACGCCAUUUUCAUUUGUUGCUGUCAGCAUUGCUUUUGUUUGGGCCCCUACUGAGUCUAUGGGUCUCCCAAUAUAGUGUCUUUGGGAAGAGAAAUAAUUUUCUUUACAGGGUUUUCCUGCGGUCAGGCUGGGGCUGGACUUGCAUUUUUGUUGGCUCUUUUGUCUUCGUCCUCUCUUUUUCUGUGCGACGUUCACUCACACUUUCACUACGUCACCUUUCUCGGCUAGCCGUGGCAGGUGGACUGUGGCUGGGCUUCCGCAAACUGCUUGGUCUGUUAGAGAACGCCACUGGGAGCUGCUACGAACCCAUCAGCUCUGCGCUUGACCUGGUAUCAGGAAAUAACGGAGAUGGUCAACCUUUGCUGCUUUUACGUGAAGGUGAAACAAAGGAGGCCUGUGUCCGCUCUGGCAUGCUGUGGCGGGGUUAUGAAGUGUCUGAAGAUGCCCUCCUGCUGUGUUUGUGCUGCCUUCUUCUAGCUGAGGAGACUGCUGUGUUUGGACCCUACCUGAGCCUGGGUGGACCCUCUGGAGCUCCGCUGCGCAUCCUCUUCCUGUUCUGCGUCCUGCUCCUGAGUCUCUGGGUGUUCCUGCUUCUCUGCCUGCUGGCUUACUUCCCGCAGUUUCCUACUCAGCUUCUGGGAGGUGCUCUUGGUUGUUUGAGCUGGAGAUUAUUGUACCAGGGUUGGUAUCGGCUUGGGCCGAGCUGGUACUGCCCUGGAAGGCCAGGGUUGGGACUUUUGUCUACACAGAGCAAACAGGAAGAGACAUUUGAGAUAAAUGGCGAAACAAAUGCUAGAGUGAGCAACUAGAGAAUGUUUGGGACUCAAGUCAACAGUUUCAUCUCUGAACUAUGGUCUCUGAUAAAAAAAAAACAAUCACACAAGGAGACAAAUGAGACUUCACAUGAAUUUAUUAGGUAAAUCCUUGACAAUCUCACUUUUAUUAGAAAAAUACCCACAAAAUGUCUUUAAAGUGUAGGCUUAAAUAAGAAACUGCAGCCAUAUUAUGCAAUUUAACAUUAAAUGGUAAUUUCUGA